AUGUCUUCCUUUGGACACACGUUCCCCUUCUAUGCUGGCCCUAAGCCCACUUUCCCCAUGGAUACCACCUCAGCAGUCAUUAUCACGGUCUUCUUAACUGUACUGGUCACGUUCAUCGGAAUCUUGCCUGGUAUCCGAGGCAAGAUGAGGCUGUUUUGGCUGCUUCGGGUGGUGACCAGCCUAUUCAUUGGAGCUACCACACUGGCUGUGAACUUCAGUGGCGAGUGGUCUGUGGGCCGGGUCAACACCAACACUACGUAUAAGGCCUUUAGCCCCGUGAGGAUCAAUGCAGAUGUAGGGUUGCAAAUAGGUCUUCGAGGGAUCAAUAUCACCCUUACAGGGAUACCAGUACAGCAGCUGAAUGAGACCAUUCACUACAAUGAACAGUUCAGAUGGCACUUUGGACAGAAUUAUGCUGAGGAGUAUAUAGAAGCACUGGAGAAGGGGGUACCUGACCCAGUACUCUACUUGGCAGAGAAAUUUACUCCAAAUAGUCCCUGUGGCCUGUACCGCCAAUACCGCCUGGCUGGACACUAUGCUUCUGCCACACUUUGGGUCGCAUUCCUUUGCUGGCUGUUAUCAAAUGUGCUGUUUUCCAUGCCUGUAUUAAUUUAUGGUGGAUACAUGCUCCUGGCCACAGGGGUCUUCCUCAUCCUUUCACUAAUCUUCUUCUCCACGGCCACCACACUGACUCCAAUGUGUCCACUCCGCCUGGGCUCUGCUUCCCUGCACACUCAACAUGGACCUGCCUUCUGGAUCUCACUGGCUACUGGGCUGCUGUGUAUUCUGCUGAGCCUAGCUGUGAUGGUGAUGCACAGGAUACGACCAGGCAGGCUGAAGAUUUUCUUCAACCAAAGUGGGGUAGAGGAAACUGAAAAGAUAGCAGGUCCAGAGGAAGGGGGACUCCUGAGUCCACGAUACAGGACUUCAGUAGAGAGCCCUGGGGACCAAGAUAUAACUCUGUCAGAACCUCCCAGUGAGGAGCCCCUUACGGAGGAGCCCAUCAGGCCUCCAGAGGAGCCCCAGAGAGAGCCAGAGAGUUCCUUAUAA